AUGGUCGCGCCUCAGCCAGCUGUUCCACAUCCAGCCUACUAUAACAACAUUCGGCAUUGGUCCAACUCUUUGACACCUCCGCCGGCGAAUGGCAGGAGCAAUCCUACUCGCGCGCGCGCGCGCGCUGCCCGAGGCAGCACACUCGCGACCGCUCAGACCCCCGGCAGUCCUUCCGCCUACCAAACAUCCCUCCCUACUCGUGCACCAUCCACCAUACCCCCCGCCGACCCUACUGCCUAUGGCUCUCAGCCAACCACCGCCAUCCCGGCGCGCCCACAAGCACUCCAUUCGACAUAUGCAUCGAGACUGCGCACCGGGACCACGCUUCUCAUGCAACCGAUCCUCAACAGCGCAGGGACCUCAACACAGGCUGCGAUCAACACUCGGUCCUCACGUCGUGGAGGCGCCGUGAACUACACAGAGCCAGGGUCGGGCGACGAGUUCCCAGACGCAGGAGAGAUUGAUUCGGAUGAUUCGGACUUCGUGGCAAGCGGAGGGACACGCACCGCAGUGCGUGCUGCGCGACUGUCGAGCAAAGCACCUGUUGGCGCAUCGGUGUUUCGCGCCGGUGCGUCGACGCCCACCAUUACUGUGCAACCCGCGCCCCCGCAGCAACCGCAAAGAAACGAGCUGGACCAAAGCUACUUGGGCAUGGUCCCGCCAUCGAGAUUCAUCUCCGCAAAACCAAUAGCACCCACAAAACACGAUUACUUUUCUCCCGAGCUUCUGGAGUAUCAGGCGAGGAAGCCUACAGCGCUGGUGCCUAUUCGAGUCGAAUUUGAGACCGGUACGCAUCGAAUACGAGAUUGCUUCGUGUGGAAUCUACAUGAAGACUUGGUCAAGCCCGAGGCGUUUGCGCGCACGUUCUGCGCCGACCUGGAUAUUCCAACGGAACCAUGGGCGGAGACAGUUGCAGCUCAGAUCCGCGCACAGUUGGAAGAGCAUGAAGGUGUCGCAGCACUGGAUCUCGAGGUCGAGACGGAUGACGAUGACGAGUUGAUGGAGGGCGACGAGGUACCCGAGUGUCGUGUCGUCCUCAGCAUUGACGUCCAAAUCGCAAAUCACCAUCUCUCCGACCACAUCGAGUGGGACCUCCUCUCCUCUCUCACCCCGGAACAGUUCGCGAGCACGCUCUGCGCGGAGCUCGGGCUCUCGGGCGAGGCCGUCCCGCUCGUCGCGCACGCCGUGCACGAGGAACUCAUCAAGCACAAGCGCGACGCGUGGGAGUGGGGCGUGCUCGGGCUCGAGCAGCAGCACGGCGCAGACGAGGACCGGCCGCGCGACCGGAGCGGGUUCAGCCUGCUCAAGGACAAGACGGGGUUGGGGCUGUCGUGGGGACGGGCGCCGAAGGACGGGCGCGGGCCGAAGCCGCUCCGGAGCGUGUGGCGGGAUUGGCAAGAGGCGGAGGAGUUUAGGACGCGCUUCGAGGUGUUGACGGCGGAGGAGGUCGAGAGGAGGGAGAUUGAGCGCGAGCGCGCGAGUCGGCGGUUGCGGCGGGAGACAUCAAAGUUCCAGUCGCAGGCGAUUUCCAGGAGACGGCGGUGA